AUGUUUCGGACCUCCCUGCGGUCUUUGAGAGACCCUCUCCGCGAACAUGUCUGCUUCUCCUGCUUAGCUCAGGGACUCGGAGGUCGUCCCUGGUUGCGCCAGUUCUACAGCUCGCCUCUAUCACGCGCCAAAUCUGGCGAUGACCAGGCCUUCGAUGAAAAGACUCAUGCAACUUCCAAUAAGGACGAUUCCCCACCGAAGAAGAGGAAAAAGAGGAAGAGUCAACCUGUUUUCACCUCAACGGAGGAUGUCACGAAGUCCAUUGUUCGCAAAUUAGCUUCAACCAGUGCCAGCGCGUCUCCGUCCCUUCAGGAAGAGCUCAUCGAAUCGCUGGACAACGAAGACGAGGAGCUACCUACCGGAACUACAAGAACGAGAAGUAGAAGGACUGCUCCAAAUACUGGUCAACCAAUUCGAAGAGUACAGACAGGCGGAAAGAAGGUCAGGCGAGACACAAGCUUCGCUUCGGGCUUAGAGGAUCCCAGGGCUUCAUUCCAAGAUGAUGCGGCCAGCACUGCCCGUAUCCAGUCCUCCCUUCAAUCGGUUGUGGCUCUGCUGGAUUCCAGAGGUAUAACUCCCGGGGGCAGGGAAUCCAUCAAAACCUUGGCGGCGGUCGCGCGCGCUGCACAGGGCCGAGAUUCUGGUGUAUUCCAUUCCGAAGAGUUAUCUGUCACCCCUCUGAAAAUUCAGACCCCUUCUGUUCCUCGACUGUCGUUCGGUCUCGACAGAGUCUUGUUCAACCCCGGUGUCUAUCAUCUUCGCGAUCCUCGAUCCCGCGUCUUCAACUUCGAUCCGUAUCUAGGCUCCAUCAUGCCUGUCACUGAAUUCGAUUUUGAUGCACUCAAGGAAUACAUUACGUCGUCCAGGGACGAGACUCUUCGGGGAAUUGCAGCAAAGGAGAAGAAAAAGUACGUGGGUUCGUCGUCGAGCAUGACAUCGGUACUUUCUCAUUUCCAUUACCUGCUCUCUUCCUGGAGACCAAUCGACGCCCGAACCCUGUCACAGGGCUUCCCAGAUAAGUUGCGUACAUUUACACGCCUUUUGCGGGCGCCGGCAGCCAUGUUUCUCCGCUAUCAAGAUGGUGCAUACGCCAUUGAUGCCGAUAAAGAGUUUGAGAGUGCCAAUAUCCUGAUGAACCUUGGCAAGUCCUUGGAGAAACUUCUGACUCUGCCAAAGGAGGAUUUUGAGCGAUACAGGAGGACCAGUACGAACAAAAUUUCUCCGGAAGAGGAACAGGCUAUUCCCGAGGCCUACCACUAUUCGACAAUGGGCGAUUUCGUCAUGAGAUCUCAAUUGGACGCUUAUGACCCCAGGCUUCCGGGAACUGGAAUGUUCGAUCUGAAGACACGAGCGGUCGUGUCCAUCCGUAUGGAUGUACGCAAUUUUGAACAUGGCCUUGGUUACGAGAUUCGCAAUCGCUUCGGCAGCUAUGAGUCCUAUGAGCGCGAAUACUUUGACAUGAUUCGAGCUGCGUUCUUGAAGUACUCUCUCCAAGUACGAAUUGGUCGUAUGGAUGGCAUCUUUGUCGCCUUCCAUAAUAUUGAGCGUAUCUUUGGAUUUCAGUACGUCAGUUUGCCGGAAAUGGACCAGUCUUUGCACGGUCAGUCCGACACUGCACUGGGCGAUGCCGAAUUCCAACUCAGCAUAGCGUUAUGGAACAAGAUCCUUGACAAAGCCACCGCCAAGUUUCCGAAGAAGUCAUUGCGAUUCCAUUUUGAGACCCGGGAUGCGCAGACGCCGUUCAUGUAUAUCUUCGCGGAGCCGGUCACCGAUGACGAAAUCCACGCCAUUCAAACGAAGAACGAGGAGAAAAUCGAGGCAUACCAGCGACGCAUUCUCAACCUACCCUCAAAAGAGCGGAUAAAACCUACGCCCCCGCCAUCAGUUCACACAGCAGAAAGCCAGCCAGCCACCCCAGCAAAGGACGAGACUGAUGAAUCGAGCGAUAAAGAAGAGGGGCCGCCGCAGGAAAUUUCCGCUGCAUCCAAGGUGGCUCAAGAGACACCGGCGACUUCAGAUGGAUCGCCUGCGUCAGAGUCUCAAGGCGCACCCGCGGAGCAGGCUCAAGAGGAAGCAACCCGGGACUUGCUUGCCAUGACCCUCGUCAUCAAGAACAAAAUGAACGGGUACUACGUCGAGCGGCCGACCAAUUUCAAAGCGUCCGACAAGUGGACAGUCCAGUGGGAGCUGACCGAGCUGAAACAGCCGCAAGCGCAAGCCUUAUACACUGCAUGCCAGAAGCGUCGGCAAAAGGCCCUUGCCGGCCCCGGAGAGGGUGAGAGCGACAUCGCGGCCAAUGUAUAUAUCCGUAAACUGCGGGAGAUCGCCCGGCAGGGACGCGAAUUCCGCCAAAAGGAGGACGAACUCGACAGGGAGCAGGGGAUCGUCGUUCUGGGUGAUGCGGUCUAA